GGUCAUACUCCGAAUUUUCGACAAGGCGUGUUGCUAAUAUUAAUUUUUCAAGUUCUGAACCAAAAUUAAAUAGAAUACCAUUAAACUCUGAAAUAUAAUGGCUUCGAUUAGUUUGCUGAAUCCGAAGGCUGAGUUUGCCCGUGCCGCUCAGGCUCUGUCCAUCAACAUAAGCGCCGCCAAGGGUCUGCAGGAUGUGAUGCGUACCAACUUAGGUCCCAAAGGAACAGUAAAAAUGUUGGUCUCUGGAGCCGGGGAUAUUAAGAUAACCAAGGAUGGCAAUGUCCUACUGCAUGAAAUGCAGAUCCAGCAUCCAACUGCUUCUAUGAUUGCCAGGGCCAGCACGGCCCAAGAUGAUUCCACUGGGGAUGGUACCACCACCACAGUGAUGCUGAUCGGAGAACUUCUCAAGCAGGCCGAUAUUUAUUUAUCUGAGGGUCUGCAUCCCCGCAUCAUGGCCGAAGGAUUUGAGAAGGCCCGCGACAAGGCGCUAGAGGUCCUAGACAAGGUAAAAGUUCCUGUUGAAAUUAACAAGAAGAAUUUAGUUGAGAUCGCAAACACCAGUCUGAAGACCAAAGUGCAUCCAGCCUUGGCCGACCUGCUCACCGAGGUGUGUGUGGACGCUGUUCUGACCAUAGCUAAUGACAAGAAGCCCGUUGAUCUGCACAUGGUUGAGCUGAUGGAAAUGCAGCACAAGACUGACACAGACACCCAGCUUGUGCGUGGUCUGGUCAUGGACCACGGCGCUCGCCAUCCGGAUAUGCCCAAGCGGCUGGAAAAUGUCUACAUUCUCACUGCCAAUGUUUCCCUGGAGUACGAGAAAGCUGAGGUCAACUCUGGAUUCUUCUACAAGACGGCCGAAGAACGCGAAGCUUUCGUCCGCGCUGAGCGUGAGUUUAUAGAUCAGCGUGUGAAAAAGGUGAUUGAACUGAAACGUUCGGUGUGCGAUGGCACAGACAAGACUUUCGCGUUGAUCAACCAGAAGGGAAUAGAUCCUAUUUCUUUAGAUGCCCUUGCUAAGGAGGGAAUUCUGGCUCUGCGUCGCGCCAAACGACGCAAUAUGGAGCGUUUGGCUCUUGCUUGCGGCGGUACCGCCAUGAACUCCUUUGAUGAUCUUCAAGAGGAGCAUUUAGGCUACGCGGGUGUCGUUUACGAGCAUGUCCUCGGUGAGAACAAGUACACAUUUGUGGAGGACUGCAAAAAUCCACUUUCGGUCACCAUUUUGAUUAAGGGACCUAACAGGCACACCAUUACCCAGAUCAAGGAUGCCAUCCGAGAUGGCCUGAGAGCUAUCAACAAUACAAUUGCAGAUAAGGUUCUCAUACCUGGUGCUGGCGCUUUCGAAGUGCGUGCCUAUAACGAGCUGGUAGCGUACAAAGACACCAUCAAGGGUAAGGCGCGUCUAUCAGUACAAGCCUUUGCCGAUGCUCUGCUGGUGAUACCCAAAUCGCUAGCUGUUAACAGUGGAUACGAUGCCCAGGACACUAUCGUGAAGCUUACCGUUGAAGAUCGCUUGCACUCAGACCUAGUUGGACUUGAUCUGGCCACCGGUGAGCCCAUGAAGCCUGUCGAUAUGGGUGUCUACGACAACUACAUCGUCAAAAAGCAGAUCCUCAACUCGUGCUCCAUAAUUGCCAGCAACCUCCUGCUCGUCGACGAGGUCAUGCGUGCGGGAAUGACCAGCCUCAAGGGCUAGUCUCAGAACCCCAUAGUCACUCAGUUAAUCAAGUAAAUGCGCAACUUAUACCCGCGACUAAAACCACA